AUGCACCCACUGGGCCUGUGUAAUAACAAUGAUGAAGAAGACUUGUAUGAAUAUGGCUGGGUAGGAGUGGUGAAGCUCGAACAGCCAGAAUUGGAUCCCAAACCUUGUCUCACUGUCCUGGGCAAGGCCAAGAGAGCAGUUCAACGAGGAGCCACUGCAGUUAUCUUUGAUGUAUCUGAAAACCCAGAAGCCAUUGACCAGCUAAACCAAGGCUCAGAAGACCCUCUGAAGAGGCCAGUAGUGUAUGUGAAGGGUGCAGAUGCCAUUAAGCUGAUGAACAUUGUCAACAAACAGAAAGUGGCUCGAGCAAGGAUCCAGCAUCUUCCUCCUCGACAACCCACUGAGUACUUUGACAUGGGGAUUUUCCUGGCUUUCUUCGUCGUGGUCUCCUUGGUCUGCCUCAUUCUCCUUGUCAAAAUCAAGCUGAAGCAGCGUCGUAGUCAGAAUUCCAUGAACAGGCUGGCUGUGCAGGCUCUGGAGAAGAUGGAAACCAGAAAAUUCAACUCCAAGAGCAAGGGUCGCCGGGAAGGAAGCUGCGGGGCUCUGGAUACACUUAGUAGCGGCUCCACAUCCGACUGUGCCAUCUGUCUGGAGAAGUACAUUGAUGGAGAGGAGCUUCGGGUUAUCCCCUGUACCCAUCGGUUCCACAGGAAGUGUGUGGAUCCAUGGCUGCUGCAGCACCACACCUGUCCCCACUGUCGGCACAAUAUCAUAGAACAAAAGGGGAAUCCAGGUGCUGUUUGUGUAGAGACUGGCAACCUCACACGUGGUCGACAGCCAAGAGUGACCCUACCAGUACAUUACCCAGGCCGUGUGCAUAGGACCAAUGCCAUUCCAGCCUACCCUACCAGGACAAGUAUGGACUCCCAUGGCAACCCUGUCACCCUUCUGACCAUGGACCGGCAUGGGGAACAGAGCCUGUAUUCUCCACAGACUCCCACCUACAUCCGUGGCUACCCACCCCUACACCUGGACCACACUCUGGCCCCUCACCGCUGCAGCCUGGAACACCGGGCCUACUCACCAGCCCAUCCCUUCCGCAGGCCCAAGUUCAGCAGCCGCAGCUUCUCCAAGGCAGCUUGUUUCUCCCAGUAUGAGACCAUGUACCAACACUACUACUUCCAGGGUCUCAGCUACCCAGAGCAAGAGGGCCAGCCAGUACCCAGCCUCACACCCAGGGGCCAAUCCCGUGCCUUCCCACCAAGUGGUGGCAGCAGCCUGCUCUUCCCCACCGUGGUGCACAUGGCCCCUCCUGCCCACGUAGAGAGUGGCAGCACCUCCAGCUUCAGCUGCUACCAUGGUCACCGUUCUGUGUGUAGUGGCUACCUGGCUGACUGUCCUGGCAGUGAUAGCAGCAGCAAUAGCUCUGGCCAGUGCCGCUGCUCUUCCAGUGAUUCUGUAGUGGAUUGCACAGAAGUCAGCAACCAAGGUGUGUAUGGGAGCUGCUCCACCUUCCGCAGUUCCCUCAGCAGCGACUAUGACCCCUUCAUCUACCGCAGCCGGGGGCCUGCUGUGCAUCUUGAGGGCUCCCCACCACCAGAAGAGCUCCCAGCAGCACACAGUCAAGGUGCUGGGCCAUGGCUAGGCCCUGCCUCUCCCUCAGGGGACCAGCUGUCCACCUGCAGCCUGGAGAUGAACUACAGCAGCAACUCCUCGCUAGAACCCAGAGGGCCCAACGGCUCUACCUCAGAAGUGGGGCUCGAGGUUUCUCCUGGGGCCACUGUGGACCUCAGGAGGACAUGGAAAGGGGCCCCAGAGGGACCAUCAUGUGCUUGCUGCUUUGAGCCCCAGCCUUCCACCCUGGGCUCUGGGACAGGAACAACAGCAGGUGGUAGCACCUUAUUCCUCGGUCCCCGGCUUCUUGAGGACUGCAACCCUACAAGUGGGGAGCCACAACCAGGGAGCUCCCAGGGCCUGUAUGGCCUUCACUCAGACCAUUUUCCCAGGACAGAUGGGGUGAAAUAUGAGGGCCUGCCCUGCUGCUUCUAUGAAGAAAAGCAGGUGGCCCACAGUGCUGGCAGAGGCAGUGGCUGCUAUACUGAGGACUAUGCGGUGAGUGUGCAGUACACACUCACCGAGGAACCCCCACCCAGCUGCUAUGCAGGGGCCCGGGACCUGAGCCAGCGCAUCCCCAUUAUUCCAGAGGAUGUAGACUGUGACUUGGGCUUACCCCAAGACUGCCAAGGGAUGCAAAGCCAGAGCCCCUGGGGUGGGACACUGGGCUUGGACGUCCCCCGACUCCACUGGAGUCUGGGGACAACCCGGGAAAAGGAGCAGGCUCCAUGCUAUCAAGCCGAGGUGCAGCCUGGCUGCUCUCCAGAGAAGCCGGAUGCUUCCAGGGCUAGCCUCUCCAGUGUCCCCCAGGACACUCAGGAGUCCUAUGUCCUGACUGCUGAGGGUUCAGGUGAGAGCAGAUGACAGUAGAUAUUUGUAUAAGGGUCCUCUUCUCAGGCCUUUUUUGUUUGGCUUUCUCUGUGCCCUUGGCUUCUAUUCCUGAUGACUUUCAAACAUUGCUUCUCAGCCCAUCCUCAAACCCUUUAUCCAUGAUGUUGGUACUCUUUCCCUCAGAUGCUUCACACCCCAAAAGCAUAUCUUAGUUUUAUCAACUAUUCUGCAUCCUGUGGUCCCCUUAGUCCAUCCUGUACCUGUUAGAGAACAGAGUCCUCCUGACAGACCUCAUUGCACUUGCCUGCUGUCCCACUUGGGAGGCCUAAGUCACCAUUCUUACAUUAGAAAUGCUGUAAUGACUUGCAGUUACCUUUGUAAGAUGUCUCCUGUUGUGUGUUUUGCUUUUGUUUUGUUUUUGAGACUGGUUUCUCUGUGUAGAACAGGCUGGCCUUGAACUCAAAAAUCUCCUUGCUUCUGCCUCCUGAGUGCUGGGAUUAUAGGCCUUCUUUCACACUGCCUAGCAUAAGAUGUCCUCCAAGUGGAGCCGCUCCUUUUGGUCCUGCAGCAUGUCAGGUUCAUUUCCAUCUCCAGACCUCUCCUUCAGAUCUUAGCUAAGCAGCCUUUUUUUCCCCAUCAGUAUCACUCUCACUUCCUCUGUUAUCUCCUAAGUCACGUCAAGCCAGGCACCUCUUGGGAAGGUCUGUGUGAUCUGUGAGGGGUCGUCUCUGCUCUUUCAGUGCCACAGGGUACUUACUUAACCUCACUUCGACAUUACAUUUUCAUAACAUCUUAGGGCUUGUGGAAGACUGUUAGCCAAACAAGGGAGACCUGCCUCCACCAGAGACAGCUGUGUUCUCAAUGUAAACUUGAGCUUCUCAAGAAAGGAACCAUUGCUGCCCCCCGUUAUCACGCACAUAGUCUACCCACCAUUGUGAACUAUCUCUUUGAAGAGCCCCAUAGGCAGAGGAUAGGGAUGCUCAAGGCCCUUACCUCAUACAUACUGCCCAAAGCCUGCUGUGCCAGCUCUCCACACCCUUGAUGACUGCUCUCCCUCUCUCUCCCAGGACCAGGAACUGGCCCAGGCAUCGGUACGGGAGCUUGAGCUCAGAAGGAACUCUUAUGUAGAAAUUGUGAAUUGUAUGAAGACUUCAAAGUCUGGCUUUUCAAAACUAGUGUGUGUGUGUGUG